AUGCGCAUCAAGCAUGCCGACGAGUUCGGUUGGUGCUGCCAGUCAGCAGACCUCGAGGCGGACUCGACCCCGUUUCUUGAGGUAACCGUUGGCCCGAGUGAGUCGGUGCCGACGCGCCUCUCGCUGGUCGGCCUCGCUGGCGCCGGGGAAAGCGUACGCGGCCGGGUAGACCUGAAGCCGGCGGAGUCGAGGCAGUCCGACGGCGGCCAAAUGGAGGAGACGAUGUGCAGUCUCGAGAUCCGGCGGCGUGAAGCUCUGCACGCAGAGGACUCGCAGACUGCACCAGACGGACGGUUGUGCGGCCAGUUCGUCGUCGUCAUGGUCGCUGAGCCGGUGCUGGACGACCGGUCGGCUCGGCGACGAGGUGACCUCUGCUCGGGGCGACUGGGGAAGAGAAGAAACUGGGGGCUGUAUCGGGGCGCAAAGGAUAGGACUCGAUUUGUUGCCGACCGACAAGUCAAUCCGUGA